AUGCUGCAAAUUUGGAUACUUGCACUUCUGCUCAGCGCAGCAGAAGGCAAAGAAGUUUGCUAUGAAAGGCUUGGAUGUUUCACAGAUGAUCACCCAUGGUCUGAGACUGUUGAAAGACCAAUCUCUAAGUUACCUUGGAGCCCUGAAAAAAUAGAUACUCGAUUCCACUUGUACACAAAAGAAAAUCCUACUCUGUCUCAAGACAUCUCUGCAGUUGAUGCCUCAACAAUUGAUUCAUCAAAUUUUAAUGCAAGUAAGAUAACCAGAUUUAUCAUUCAUGGAUUUAUAGACCAUGGAGAAGAAGACUGGCUGUCAGACAUAUGCAAGAGGAUAAUUAGCGUGGAAGACGUGAACUGCAUCUGUGUAAACUGGAAAAAAGGUUCGAGAUGCCAGUACACCCAGGCAGCAAACAACAUCCGUGUUGUGGGUGCUGAAGUUGCUUAUUUUGUAGAUGUUCUUAUGGAAGAGUACGAUUACUCUCCAGCUGAUGUUCACAUAAUCGGCCACAGCCUUGGAGCGCAUGCGGCGGGUGAGGCUGGCAAGAGGCAGCCAGGGAUCGGAAGAAUAACUGGACUGGAUCCUGCUCAACCUUAUUUUCAAGGCACCCCGACUGAAGUCAGACUGGAUAAAUCUGAUGCACAUUUUGUUGAUGUUAUCCACACAGAUUCACUUCCCACAAUCCCUUACUUAGGUUUCGGCAUGAGCACAGCUGUAGGACAUCUUGACUUCUAUCCAAACGGAGGAGAGAGAAUGCCAGGGUGUGAGAAGAAUGCUCUUUCACAGAUUGUAGACCUGGAUGGCAUCUGGGAAGGAACUCGGGACUUUAUGGCUUGCAAUCAUUUGAGGAGUUACAAGUAUUACUCAGACAGUAUCAUCUACCCUGAUGGAUUUCUAGGCUAUCCUUGUCCUUCAUAUAAUAACUUAGACUCAGAUUUCUGCUUCCCAUGCCCAAAAGAGGGAUGCCCAUCUAUGGGUCACUAUGCAGACCAAUUCAAAGGAAAAAUUACAAAUAGUGUCCAGAAAUAUUACCUGAAUACUGGCGAGGCCAAGGAUUUUCCUCUUUGGAGGUACAAAGUGAGUGUGACCCUCUCUGGAAAGAAAAAAGUAAAAGGAUAUGUAAAUAUCGCCCUGUAUGGAAGUGAUGGGAACACAAGGCAGCAUCAGAUCUAUAAGGGAACCCUCCGACCAGACGACACUUACACAGGUUUCAUUGAUGUAGAAGCUAACAUUGGAGCAGUUACAAAGGUUAAAUUUCUUUGGAACAACAACUGGAUAAAUCCAACUCUCCCUAAACUAGGAGCUGCAACCAUCACAGUGCAAUCUGGAAUGAAUGGAACAAUAUACCAUUUCUGUGGUUCCACGACAGUGAGGGAGGAUGUUCUGCAGACACUUACUGCUUGCUAA